UCCAUUACCGUGUAACUCGGACGAGAGCGGGUAACUUGGCGGCGUGACCUGCUCUGGUGACCGAGUGAGCAGGUGCGCUACCUCCAGGUGUGGUCAGCGGACUGUUUUUUUGUCUUCUUCCGUGAAAAUAUCGUCCAUGUGACGGAGAGCACGAAGACUUCCUGGUUUAAUGAAUCAGGAACUUGCUGCUCAAAAACAGGGAGCUGGCGGGACUGGACUGGGUCCUGGUGUGUGUUUUUGAAAUGACGGACAAAACCCGAGCCAUCAGACGAAUACCAAGCCCGCCCAGAUCAAGCCCACCCAGAUACAGAAAAAGGCCGUCUGGCUCUUACAAACCACAGUUUGAGGAGAAGCCCUACAAGUCAAAAUAUCUGAGAGAUGACCACUCAUUCCACAAGUCAAGAAGCUACUAUCCAGUUAAUGAAGGCUACGCCAAUGUGUGGGCUCCCUCAGCGCCUAAAAAUCACUACAAGAAGAACGAGAUAGUGCAUUAUGAGUCUAGAAAUCAUGGUGGUCCUCCUCCAAAACGGAAAAAAUCGACUAAAGCAGUCUUGCCCACCAGCCGAGACAAGGGCAUUGAGUUCACUGACACUCCUGUUGAGCCAAAAACCGAAGCCAGAGAAUGGAUUUCUGAAACAUUCCGCUGCCCAAUAUUUGGAAAUAGUUCUCCAAAGGACAGUAAGCAAAUCGCAGAGCGAGAUCCGAGGGAGCCCGAGGAGAUCCAGUCCACGACAGGCCAGACAGCAGCCCGAGAACGAGCCAUCCAAAUGAAGAGGAAGCAGAUCGACGAGGUGUACUAUCAGCAGUGUGAAACUUUCGUCUUCGUGGUAAAGAAGCUGAUCGCGAAGGACCCGUCCCUGGAAGCCCCCAUUCAGUCCUCUCUGCAGGAGAACAUACGGGAGAUUGGUGCUCGCUGCUUGAAGGACAUGGAAACGUUUAUAGAAGAGUAUGACUCCACUGAGCUGUCUUAAUAUUUGUAUUUAAUUGCUGUGUGCACAUUUACAAAUAGGAAAGUGCCUACUGUAUAUGAUUAAAACCAGCAUUUGUAUUUCCUUGUUGAAGUAUUUUGCCUGUAAAACCUGCUGCCAAAAGAAGUGAAAACUACUCUUCAUUCAUGGAAAAAAAACCUUUUUUUAUUUUUAAAUGCACUGUAUUUUGUGAAGAGAAUACUUUUGAAAAUUUUUUACUGAUCGCCAAGUUGUGAUGUUUGAAAUA